AUUCAAUACUAGGCCAAAUGUUCAUUGGGACUAUGUUUGUGUUCCCAAGUCAGAGUUCAAACAGGGAUCAGCUGUUGCGGUUACUUCAAUUUUCUCGUCCUUGAGUGACUGAUGCGGCGAUAUUUGGGUAUUGAGGUGUAAAUUAUGCAUAGGACUCUUAGCGAGUCUAUUAAAUGGCACGUCAGUCAAAUAAAAGGAUCAACUGCCGAUGACAUUGGUGAUGGUGAUAACUUCACAUGUGUUGAGUUCAAUGAAACUGGAGAACUGUUAGCAACCGGUGACAAAUCAGGCCGUGUUACAGUUUUCAGAAAUAACAAAGAUGUUGGGUUAUACGACAUUUAUUGCACAUUUACAAGUCAUGAACCGGAAUUCGACUACUUAAAAUCAUUGGAGAUUGAGGAAAAGAUUAACUCGAUUACCUGGCUUCAAGCCUACACUUCUGCUUAUCAUCUUCUCUCUGCUAAUGAUAAAACUAUUAAACUUUGGCGGCUAUCAGAAAGACAUUAUGAAGCCUAUAAUUUCAAUGUUCGUGAUGAUGAGAAUGCCAGUUUAUGGCAUGAAAGUACAGAUCGGUUAAAUACCAUUGGCCCUCCUAUUCCCCAUUUCGCCACACCAGACAGUCUCCGUAUACCGAAGUUUCGUAAAUCCCGUCAUCUUACAAUUGAAGCACGUCCAAAACGCUUGUUUGCCAAUGCUCACACUUAUCACAUUAAUGCAGUUUCUGUAAAUUCGGAUCAAGAAACAUUUCUUUCGGCUGAUGAUCUACGCAUCAAUCUUUGGCAUUUGGAUGUAUCGGACCAAUCUUUCACUAUUGUCGAUUUGAAGCCAUCUAAUAUGGAGGAUUUAAUCGAAGUGAUUACUUGUGCACGAUUUCACCCUGUUCAGUGUAACAUACUGGCCUAUUCGACUAGUCGAGGUUUGAUCCGGCUAUGCGAUAUGCGACAACGAGCUCUAUGCGAUAAUCAUGUACUUGUGUUUGAAGAUCCAAGUCUUUCACAAAACCUGGGGUUUUUCGCUGAUAUUAUUGCAAGUCUAUCAGAUUUUCGUUUUGGUCAUACAGGAAAUUAUCUAUUAGCAAGAGAUUAUCUAACUUUAAAAAUUUGGGAUAUGAGAAUGGGCGACCGACCGUGUGAAAUAUAUUCAGUCCACGAACCAUUCCGAUCACAGCUUUGUAUGUUAUAUGAAAAUGAUGCUAUCUUUGAUAAAUUCCUAUGCGCAUGGUCAGAUGAUGAUAGAUAUGCAGUUACUGGAUCCUAUGACAAUCUAUUUCAUAUCUUCGAUCGACAUAGUGGUUCCGAUUGGUUGUAUGACCUUCAAGAUUCAAGUAUGUUGUGCAAUACAAAUCCAACAGACGGCAGUCCCAAUUACCUAUCGCCUAAACGUUUCUUGUCUCCUGAUGAUCCUGUUGGGAUUCAGUUAGGCUUAUCUUCCAUCUUUGUAGCACCACUGGACGCAUUGGAUACCCUUUUCCCAGAUGUAACCAAUCAGACUAGUUCACAUAGCAGUUGUAGUGAUAAUAAUGAUUGUAAUAAGUUUGAUGACAGUCCAAACUCCUCACAUUUUUCACAGGGGAAAAUAAAGUUGUCUGAUUGCCAAACAUCGGAUUUUCUGAACCCGUCUGUAAACCCUCUGACUUCUCUUCCUCCAACAGGUUCAAAACGUCGAAAACAAGUUCUUCCUUCUCGCACUAGUGAUUCGACUGAUUCUAAUGGUAAUUCUCAAAGUGAACGUGACCAUUUACAUGGUCGUCCCAGUAAAGGCAAGCAUCGCCAUGGUCAAAAACAUUCUUCACAUGAUGUAUUAGGAAGAUAUGAGAAUGGUUUCAGUAAACUUCCAAACGUGAAUGAGGAUUUUGAGUCACAGAGUAUCAUGCUAAAUUCACCUCCGCGUAAAAAUACACCUAUUGAAGAUUUUCUGUCUGGUGCAAUGAUUAUUCCUGGGAUGCAUCAAAUCAAUUGUCAGCGUAAAAUACUUCAUUUAUCUUGGCAUCCAAAGAAAUUACUCACUGUCGCUAUAUCAGGCAAUCGAUUGUUUCUAAUUGCUGGCCAAUCUGCAACCAACAAUGCACAAGGAGAUUUGAAUGUUUGCUCUUCCCACAUGUCUAAAUCAACCGAUGAUGAUAACGAUAUACCUAUUGAACUUACUACAACCUUCAAUACAAGAUCUGAUUCUGUAGAAGAUUCUGAUCAAAUACCGUCUAGUUUAAUUCAGAAUUUCGACGUCAAAGCCGCUAAACGCCGUCGCCGACGUCAUCACCAACCUGAUACUCCAAAUUCAGUUAAUUCAUUCUCAAGUGUAAUAACAAGUGAUAAAGAUAUUCACAUUUCCAAUAUUGAUAUUCUUCCUGAUUCAGCUUUUCUUUGUGGAAUGGAUUAUACAGCCAAUUACGAGGCUGAUCGAGAAGAUAAUGAUGAAGAACAGCGUACUACUGAAACCCCACUUACCUCUUUGAGCUCUGAUUCAAAUCCGGAAAAGGUUCCAUGUAUAGAUUCUUUAUUUCCUUUAUCUAGUGAGGCAUUUUCAACUAAUCUGGACAGUGUUCUACAAUGACUAUGUAUUUCUUCUCAUUUCAAUUCUUCCCAUCUGACACCCUUCCAAGUGUUUAUUAUUAUCACUACUAUCUCAUCUCAGGGGUUGAACUGUGUAUAUCCACUAUCACCUUUUACAUUAUCUAAAAAGAGUUUAUAUUGUUUUAAUACGUAAACACUAUAUUUCCAUGUGCAUGAAAACUCCUCCCACUAUUUCUGUUGUUUAUCACCUAUUAUGACUUGCUUGAUUUACAGUACUUGUAUAAAGAUCAUUUCCAACUGUUCAACUUGUCUUAUACAAAAAGCUGAUUACAUUUUGCUGUCAAUUUAUGCGUGCCUUCAAAUUAGAAAAGAAAAAAAACUAUUUUGACUGAAUUUGAAGUACUGUAAAUUGACGACUCGCAAAAAAGUUACACAAACUUGUAUGCCAUUCCAAAGUAUGAUAUUUUCAUUCUGUUUUGAUUCAACUCUGUGACUGGUUAUUGAGACGUGACUUUUGCAUUCGAACACUGAAUUUUUAGUUUAGAGUAUGCAAUUUAGAUUCUGCUCUGUGUAAUGGCUAACCAGUAUACAUAUGAUUGUUGAAUUGCAUGACUUCUGGUUAUAUAAAGCCAUGAAAUAACUGGCUUUUCAUCGAAGUAAUAAGUAGUAGAGCAUAUCAAAAAGGGAUGCUCGGUAAAGUUGUAUACGAAUGAUGAUGUACUCUUCAAUUUUCAUUCUAGGAAAUUUUUAUUUUUAAGCGUCUUGUAUAUCUCAACGGUGUGGUGUCGCAAACACCCAAACGUAUAAUUGUUCUUACUUAAGCGAUGCACACAGUAUACGAUAUCUACUUGAACUGUCGAAUAAGUAAGUAUGGUUGUGAUUUAAAGUAGAAAGUAUUGUGAACUCCACUGUUAAAUCACUUUUGAACUGUCAGUUUUACUUCAUUUAUUGCUAUGAUACUCACCUGUGGGUAGUUAAGUUAUGUCGUCUAUACAAGUUGUGUUUUUUUC